GGACCUCUGCAGAAAUACUUUGCUUGUCCAUAUUUGAAUUCCUAAAAUGUAUUGUUGUGUGUGCUACUUGUGGGUUCUUUUUUCCAAUUAAUUUUUCUUUGAAAAACUGUCAAGCACUAUGGGAGCACAUAAUAUAACAAGAGUCUCAGAAUUCCAUCUCCUGAGCUUCUCAGAGGAUCCAGACCUGCAGCCCAUCCUUUUUGGACUGUUCCUGUGCAUGUACAUGGUCACUGUGCUUGGGAACCUGCUCAUCCUACUGGUUGUCAGCUCUGACUUCCACCUCCACACCUCCAUGUACAUUUUUCUGUCUAACCUGUCUUUUAUUGACAUCUCUUUAACCUCAUCUAUAGUUCCAAAGUUGAUUGUGGGCAUCUUAAAUCACAUCAGAGUUAUCUCCUAUGUGGGCUGCCUGACACAGAUGUCCUUUUUUAUCUUAUUUGCAUGUAUGGAUCACAUGCUUCUGACAGUCAUGGCCUAUGACCGGUUUGUGGCCAUCUGCCAUCCCCUGCAUUAUGCAACAAUUAUGAACCCUCGCCUCUGUGUCUUGUUAGUUUUGUUCUCUGUCUUUGUUGGCCUUCUGGAGUCCCAGCUGCACAUCCUAAUUGUUUUACAACUUACCUGUUUCAAAGAUGUGAAAAUUGCUAAUUUCUUCUGUUUUCCUUCCCAACUUCUUAACCUUUCAUGUUAUGAUAGGUUAAUCAUAACCAUAGUCCAAUAUAUUUUUGGUACCAUAUUUGGCUUUAUUCCCAUGUCAGGGAUUGUUUUCUCUUAUUCUAAGAUUAUUUCAUCUCUUCUGAAAACCCCAUCAUCUGGGGGGAGGUACAAAGCCUUUUCUACCUGUGGUUCUCGCCUGUCAGUUGUUUGCUUAUUUUAUGGAACAGCCUUUGGAACGUAUCUUGGUUCAGCCAUGUCAUAUUCUCCAAGGAAGCUUGAGGUGGCCUCACUGAUGUUCACUGUGGUCACCCCUCUGCUGAAUCCCUUCAUCUACAGCCUGAGAGACAGGGACAUUCUUAGCUCCCUGAAGAGGCUCCACCAUUGGAGAGUCUAAUCCCAGGACAUUCAACAUCUAUUUGAAAUGUAAUUUGGAAAACGUUGUAAAGCAGAAGUCUCAACAGUCAACCACAAAUACUUAAUCCUUGGGUAUGUUUCAAAAGUUUGAUGUGUGCAAUUUAUUAUGUUUCAUAACAGAAUCAUGACUGGUUGGAAAAUGUUGGAAUUAAGGUUCUUCAUAUGUGCUACAUUCAUUUAGGAUUGUUAAAUUUUUGGAGAUGUAUAAUAACGAUGGCUAUGCAAAAACAAAAUUAUAGUUAAUGUUAACAAGCUGUGCACC